AUGACUAUUGCGCUGACGGCCAGUGCGAUUAUUAAGGGUGACUGUGAAGAGCUUCAGAGAACUAUUGACGCUUAUGAUGACCCCAAGUAUGAUCCUCUUGGGUUUUUGUGGGAGAAAAGUGUUCGGUUCGGUGGGAUUCGACCUCUGAGUAUUGCCGGAUUAAAGGGUUCGACGGAGGCAUUUCGGUUACUUAUUGCCAAUGAGUCUAAGUCGAGGUUUAGAAUCCGGGCUUACCAGGACAGUGUUUUCAACAGUGCAGCAAAAAAGGGGAAUACCGGGACUCUGAAGGCUUGGAUUGAAUAUUCUAAGAGUAAGGAUGAAGACCUUCCGGCUCGGGUGCUUGGUGCGGUUAUACACGCUGUCCGGACCCGAAGACCUGAUGUUGCGGAAUGCAUCGAGAAAGAGUGUGGAUUUCAAUUCGACAAGAGCGGUGUCAUCUUUGACAUGUUCAUGGAAAGCGUUAUCAAGAUGCGAUUUAGCCAAGUGCAGCUCUCUCUCAAGCGUGGCGGCUUCGACAUCAAUAUGGAGACUGACAGAUUUCGCUAUGGACCAUUACACGGUGCUAUUUGGGCGUCCAAGGAAACCCCAGAUCUACAGCUUGUGACUUUGCUUCUGGAACAUGGAGCAGACCCGAAUAAAUUUAACCCAAUGGCGAGUCUUACGCCGUUACAAGUUGCAGUGAAAAGUGGAAAUGUUGCGCUAGCGAAGUUGCUGAUUGAACAUGGUGCUGACAUCAGUGAUUCAAGAUUGUUCCAGACGGGGAAAUCUAGAAUACCUCUGAUUCAUGUCGCGGUUGAGAAUAGAUCAGCCCCUAUGAUUCGACUUCUGCUAGAAAAUGGGCUAGACACAGAGUAUUUGUACAGAGGCAGGAGGAUUGAGAUCAGAGAAGGCACGGUCGAGGGAGGUGAGAAUGAAGUACGCUUGCAGAGGAAGAUGCAGGAGGUCGUGAAACCGAUUGAUGAGAAGGGCUAUGUGGUUCUCAUGGGCGACAAGAUUGAUGAAAAAUCAAAAAGUAGUAGAGACGGAACGAGACGAGAAAAAGAUGAGUACUGA